ACCACCCCUAAAAAAACACUUACCGCCGCCGCCUCCCUCUCGCCUUCCCCUUCCCUCCCGAAUCCUCUCUUGCAUCUUCAGCGAAUCCAGCUUCCACCCCCGGUCGUCCUGACUGCCAGAGGAAGGACAAGAUGCGGCGGCGGUUCAUCAAUCUGGUGAUGAAGGAUUACGCCGUCGACGGCUCCUACUGGCUGAGCCGCAUGAGGCCCCAGGAAAACCUCUUCUACGCCUCCACGGCGGAAGCCAUGACGGCGCAGGCGCAGCAGGCCAGGAAGGACAAGAUCAAUGCGAUGCUGCCGUUCGGGAGCACCCUGAAGCUGCCCCCGCCGGCGGCCAGAUUCAAGUCAUCCUGCACGGACUGCCUGACGCUCGACUUCAUGCCUUUCUACGGGCGAGACAGCCCCAGCGAGGGCAGGAUCGUCGCGCUCGACUCGACCGGGCACACCGUCCUCUACGACGCCGACGCCGACCCUUGCUCUGUCGAGGCGCUGCCCCGCGUUAACUCGUCUAACUGGCGAACUCCCAUCUCCCUGUACGUCACCGGCGCCAACGCCAACGCGGCAGCUCGGGACUCCGGCGGCUCCGACGUGCUCUACGGCAUCAACAUGUUCAAUUCGAGCGACUUCGAGGUACUCGUUCACUGCAACCCCUCUGACUCUAAGUUUGGGAGGAUCGAUGGAGCUAAAGCUUGGCACUGGCUCAAGCUCCCGUCGGCGCCCUACCUUGAUAAUCCUGGUCAGGAUCACACCAUCCAUUCCUACACGCUGCUCGAGGACGGCAAAACCAUCUGCUUCUCCUCACUUCCUGACAAUGGCUUUGGCACCUACUACUUCGACACAUCCGGCCAUGAGUGGACCAAGGCCGGCCGCUGGGCGCUGCCCUUCAUCGGCCGUGCCUGGCACGUCCCUGAGCUCGGCAACCUCUGGUUCGGCUUCAGCGGCAGCAACCCAAACAACAUCUGUGCUAUUGACCUCUGCUCUCUCGACGGUCCUCCCAAGGUGCUGCACGAGUGGCGAGGCUCCAACACUCCCAGGAACUGGAUGCUGGUUAACAGCACCAUGGUUUACCUCGGGGGCAACAGGUUUUGCGUCGUCAGGUUCUUCGGCGUUUACAAUGGACCCCCGGACAGGAACGAUGAGCCGACUGACACGGUUUCUAUCAUCACCGGUCUGGAGAUUGUCAAGGGACAAACGAGUGAAACCGUGCUGCGGAUGGUCAAGCACAAGAGCAGAACUUACGUCUUCGAAGGCUGUGGCAUUGAGUGUGUGUUCUAAUUAACUCUUGCGUCCUUCGUUCGGUUUCAACACUCUAGUUGGUUACAGUGGUUUCAACUGUUCUGUCCACCAUGUAUCAUUGUGUCUUAGUUAACUAUUAUGUUUGUUAGGAAGAAAGUAA